AUGGAAGAGGGGGGAGGGGACGUAGCCAUACACAUGGAGGAGAAAGAGGAGGAGGAGGACGACGACGACGAAGAAGAAGAAAGUAAGCAGACGACAUGGAUUCACCUAGAUGAGGCACAAUAUGUACACAUCCUGCGGAAGUUGUUCCCCAAGAGCAGCAGCAGCAGCAGUAGCAGGCCCCUGCAAGUUCAAGACCGAUCCUUGGACAAGCAAACUACAAAGCCCACAACGGCUACACUGGGUGAGGAUCAAAUAAAAAAACUCAUCCACGACGCAAAGGAAGACAUCUUACGGGAGCUGCGGCAAGGCAAAUAUGACAAGGGUGGUGGGACAGGUGAACCUGGUGCUCCCGAUCAAAACUCAGAAACUGUUUCUGGAAAAAUAUUUGCCGGUUUCGUGGAUCAGAUGAUAGAAAAAAUGAAGGACGAGUUCAAAGAGCAACUCAAGAUCAAAGGGCUCGUGGACAAGAUUAAAAAUAACUUGAAUCGUCUUCCACGCUCGAAUAAGUAUGAAUCCCCCCUGUUUAUCCUCAAAGUUGAUGAGCUCAUGGAUGUUUCCACAUGUGAGGAUAUCAGAAAUGCUUUGAGCCUGUUAAACUGCAGCGCCGAUUUAAUGAUCGUCACUGCGACGAUGGAAAUCCAACUUGCUAAAGAAUAUUGCUAUCCACCGCGAGAACCUGUAGACUAUUCUCUUGCUGGCCUCUACCAUGAUAUAGUACUCGAGCUUACUAGUCAGCAGAAGAAUGAAGACAGCUACAACCCCCAGAUUUUUCAAGAUAUCUUGUACAAGUGUGAGCCGCAUGAAUUCUGCAUGAAGGUCUUCACUCAUGCUUUAUAUGCUAACCCCAGGAGGAGCAAUGAGGAGUUACUCAAGCUACGCAGCACCUUGCAGGCUUUGCCAACAACAUCAUUCAACAGCAUCGCUAAGGUGAUGUUCAAGUUCUCUUACAAUGACCUGCCUAAAGAAUACAAGUCCUGCUUGCUGUACCUGGCUAUCUUCUCUCCCGGACAAAAGAUCAGGCGGUCAACCUUGAUUGCACGCUGGGCUGCAGAAGGCCUGACAUCCAAGGAAGAUUGGCCCAGUUCUGUGCGUCAGGCCAACCGAUGUUUUGACACACUCGUUGGCCGGUGCCUUGUUGAUCCUGCUGAUAUCGAUACCAUGGGAAAUGUAAAGAGCUGCGUCGUAAGUGAUCCAGUUCAUGGAUUCAUUACCACAAUCGCCAGAAAACAACACAUUGUCGAGACACGCCUGUCACAUCACUUGGCUCGCCACUUCUCCAUUUUCAAUGAUCUCCAACUCCGCAGCUCUGAUAGAAUUGAUCAAUUCUUCAAGGGGCUCUCUAAAUCAUCUCAAGUAUCCCUGCUCAAGGUGCUAGAUCUAGAAGGUUGUCUGUGCUUUCUUAAGAAGAAACAUGAGUACCUCAAGGAAAUCUGCAGCAAGAUGUUACUGCUCAAGUAUCUGAGCCUAAGGAGAACAGAUAUUACCCAGCUACCCAGUGAAAUCAACAACCUCCGUGAGCUAGAGGUACUGGAUAUCCGAGAGACUAGGGUGCCUCCACAUGCAACAGCACAUAUCCUGCUAUUGAAGCUGAAGCGUCUGCUUGCUGGUCACAUUGAUCCAAGCAAUUUUGAAUCUAAUCCCCAGAUUCCUCAUAGGAUCGACAAAAUGGUAAACAUGGAGGUACUAUCCAAUGUCAAGGCCAAGCAGAGUCAUGAUUUAAAAGAUAUUGGAAGGCUAUGGCAGCUGAGGAAGCUAGGUGUGGUUAUCGAUGAUAAGGAUAGUCACCUCAAGAAUUUGCUUAAGGCGAUCAGUGACCUACAUGAGUGUCUCUGUUCUCUGUCAAUCACUACUCCCAUAGCCACACCACAUGAGGCAGAGUUACCAGAAGUCAAUGUACCUUACCUAAAAAAACAUCCCAAGAUUCUUGAGUCACUAAGCAUCAAGGGAACCAUACAGAAGGGGCGUCUUCUUCCAUUGUUUAUAAAAGGUGAUAACAACAAACUUGCCAAGAUAACUCUAUGUCAAACUCUGCUGAGCAAAGAUGAUAUGGAAGUCCUCGCCAAGCUGCCCAAGUUAAGGUGUGUCAGGCUCCAACACAUUGUAUGCACCGAGCACAUGCUGAACUUCAAGGGCGGUGAAUUCAGAUGCCUCAAGUACCUUGUUGUCGAGGACUCGGACUUGACUAAUAUCACUUUUGAGGAUGGUUCAGCCAGUGAGCUCGAGAAGAUAGUUUUGUCUAUCAGCAGCGAAUGCUCUGUUUCUGGAGUUGACUGUCUUCCUAAACUGAAAGAGCUUGAGUUGAACAGCAGCUUAUGCGUCAGUUUGCUUCACGAUGCCAAACAGAUAGCUAAGCUGACUCUUCGUGAUACAUUGUUAGAGGUAGAUGCUCUACAACUGCUCACCAAGAAACCAAAUAUACGCUGUCUGAUGCUCUUGGACAAGUCUCUUGGUGGAACACAGAAUGAGAUUACAUUAGAAAAAGAUGAGUUCUUAUGGCUCAACCUCCUUGUUGUUGACUGCUCGGCCAUCACCAAGAUUGUCUUCAACAGCGGGUCUGCUCCUAGGCUCGAGAAAAUUGUCUGGUCAUCUUCCACAUCUCUCUCCAGCAUCGACAAACUUCCAAGAUUGAAGGAGCUUGAGUUCAACGGUGACAAAGUCCCCAAUGAGGUGAGUGAGGCCAUUGAAAAGCAUAGAAACAAGCCUAGUCUUAAACAUAAUGGACCAGAAACUCGAAAUGAAGCAAAAGGAGAUGAAGAAGAGGAUGACAACGAUGCUGCAACAUUCUCCUGCUGGAAGAAACAGGUUUGA